AUGUCUGGAUGUUUUGUGUCUGGAUAUAUUACAGGACAAGUGUUGGAUAACCAGAGUCGAGCUCCUUGGAGUUUGUCAUCUAUAACAGAUUUCUUCUGGUCGAUAGCAGAUUUUGUGGUUCUGUUUUUCCAAAGCAUUAUUCAACCAGAUUUGAGAAGAAGAGGCUACACAUCUUCCUCCUACUCAGGAUACAAUGAUGGAAGAGGGCCCCCAGCACAGCCUCGCCGUAGGAUGGGUCGAAUAAAUCACUGGGGUGGAGGCCCCAGUCCACCACCAAUGGCUGGAGGUGGAUGAGGAAGGUAAAUGCCUGCUGAAGAGGCAGGCAUAAACAUACACAUUCACAGGAUGAAAUGAAGAGUUGGACCAAACGAGUUUGAAUGUUGUGAAUGUGUAUGUCUGACUGGGAACUGUUCUGUGAUACAAGCAGAUUAAUGAAGUUGUACUGGGAACUCCUUCUUCAAGGAUCCAGUGUAACUGAACCACGGUUUUAUUAAAUACAUGUUUACUGUCUAAAGUCUUUGUAUAGUUUCUGAACAUUUUACUGUAGUUGGAAAGUAAUAAGUAAAUUAUAUUUGGCUUGUCAC